AUGUCGGAAGAUUCAAAACUUGAAAGUUCAACCCAAUCAGUAUCUGUAACUCAGGAAUCUACUACUGUUGCCCAAACCACAUCAACAAACGAUGAUGGUGUCGGGAUUACUGCUCAACAGACAAAGGUGAUCACUGACAAGACAACCACCGUUGAAACCACCUCUCCAAGUGGACAAUCAUGGGUCACCGAAACAAGGGAAAAGGUCGUUUCGUUUGUCAGUAAGAUUUUCCCCGCAUCAUUAAAGGUCGAUAGUAGUGUGAUUAGAGAAUUUGACAAGUUGGAUGACAAGGCCAAGCAAGCAUUAAAUGAUCAAGCGAGGUAUCCCGAGCUGCAAUGGGACGCCAGUGUCAGAUGUUCGCUUGACAUCUGUGAUGAAGAGAAACAAUUUAUUCGCGCGAGAAAAGAAUUCAUUCGCGACAAAUUUGCUAAAUAUAUUGGAGUAGACGUCGAUGAUGUUCACGUCGAUGAUAUACCAAUUAUUGGGUUUGGCGGAAGCGGUGGUGGAUUCCGAGCCAUGAUUGCUACAACAGGCUAUGUUUACGGUCUGCAAAAGAGUGGAUUGUAUGAUUGUGGUACAUACUAUGGAGGUGUCAGUGGAAGUUGUUGGAAUCUAGCCGCACAGUACACUUCCAUCAUUUCGGAACAAGACAAUCCACUUGAAGCACUGAUCGAUCAUUUUAAGAAACGACUCGACCAUCACAUUGCCAAUCCACAUGCGGUUAUUAAAUCUCUUACGGCUACCACAUCGCCUGAACAAGCCGUUGAAUUGGUCUUUGGUGGUCUGGCUCAGAAGAAACAGACGGGACUGAACACGGGUAUCAUUGAUAUCUACGGCGCGUUAUUGGCUACCAGACUUUUGCUUGGCAAUGAUCCAGUAAAUCAGACCAGAGAUUUCAAACUGAGUGAGCAGAAACGAUAUUUAAAAGGCGGAAAGCAUCCCAUGCCAAUAUAUACAGCUUUACAUCAUUCUCGGCCUUGGAAGGAUUUCCUCAAACCGGAAGACGCAGCUCAAGUGCCCAACUACAAAGAGGUGUUGAAAGAGCAUCAGAAAAUAAAGGAUCAUUAUCGAUGGUUUGAAUUUACUCCAUUCGAGAUUGGUUGUGAUGAGAUUCCCGCCUUUAUCCCGUCUUGGGCAUUUGGAAGGCGCUUUGAGUUUAGAAAGAGCAUCGAUCGCGUGCCCGAGCAGAACUUUGGAUUAGAGAUUGGUGUAUUCGGAGCUGCUCCGUGCGCUCCAAUAAUAAUCGAUAUUCGACAGAUUGAACACGUUAUACCAGAAGGUUGGCUGAAAAAUACUUUGCAAAAAUCUUAUGAUGGAGUGAUGGAAGAUAUUGGCGAACAACGGCAAUGGAAAUUCGAGGGUCAUCACGUAAUCCCAGAGGCCAACAAUCACAACUUUUUUUACCAUCUUGACCCACCGCCGUACAAGCUUGGCACAACAAAUUCACCCAUUCUCCAUUUCAUCGAUGCUGGCGCUUCUAAUGAUCUUCCGCUUUACCCAUUGACUCAUCCCGGGCGCAAAGUAGAUAUUAUAAUGGGAUUCGAUUCGUCUAGUCAAAUCAUUGAAAGUAGCUUCUUUGAAGAAGAACAGAAAAUCUUUACUUCUCGGCGUGGAAUCAACAGUACCAAGCGCCAAGAUCUUUGUAGCAAGUAUCUGGAAGUCUAUGAUUAUGAGCCAAAUGGAAACGCCCAAGAUGGAUAUACUCCACCAAUGACGCAUCCGGCUACUUUUCUGUAUUUACCUUUCCUACCAAACGAUAAAGUAGACCCGACAUUUGUUCCCAGCACCGCUAAAUUCUGUGCCUUUAACAAUUUCACUUAUACUUCAGAGCAGAUUGAUUUGAUAGUAAAAUUGGCACUGCAGAAUUGGAGCGAAGUUGAAAGUACAGUAAAGAAUGUUAUCAAAGGAGUGUGGGAAAAGAAGAGAGCCGCUAGACUUGGACAAACAUAA